AUGCCAGAAAUAUACGAAAGACACUUGACCUUUACCGGCAAUAACCUCGGUAGGGAGACAACGAUUAUGUUCACUUUCGAUGCCCCCAGGAAAGGCAUGUAUAAGAAUUUCUACCCUAUAGUUUGGAGGGUUUGCACAUUCGGAAAGGAGGGCUCGUACAGCAUGAAAGCAUCCUACACGAGCCAGCUUGCUUUCCUCAAAACACAGGUCGAAGACGGGAGCAUCAUUGACGCCGCAACCUGCGUCAAUAUCAAUCUAUCAUGCAGGAAGGCGAAAAAAACGAUUUUGACUCAGGAUGAUGAGGAGGUCUUCCAUUUCUCUGAACCUGUGCCUUGCGAAGAAGGUUUCAUGGAGGCCGAGAACAAGACUGGAUCCGUUCAGGACCUGGCCAUCGGCUUUGUGAGCCCAGGAGAAUUGUUUCCAACGCCGGCACACUACUACAAUGAUCUUGGAGAUGGCAGUACCGCCGUGGCUGCUACGUUCACUCCCAAGCUGCGCGCCUACAUCACCUCGGACUAUCAAGAGAGUGCAAUCUUGCGAAGUGCCAUCCACACCCCUUGCAUCUUUGAGUACGAUCUCGCAAGUCUUGCUGAGAACACGACCUGGAACCUCACAUUUGACCAUCGUAAUGGAUACAAAGUUAGCAAGGCUGACAGACAACACUAG